AUGGACGGACUGGAGAAGCGGGGCAUGAUGGGACAGGACGAGGAGGCUAUGUGCACGUCAGCCUCUGAUGGUCUGGAGGAGGGCGAGGUGGAGGGCGAGACUCUGCUCAUCGUGGAAUCUGAGGACCAGGCGUCCGUGGACCUCUCGCACGACCAGAGCGGCGACUCGCUGACCAGCGACCCGGGCGAGGACACCGAGGGAACCUGGAGCGAGGACAUGGCCUUCUACUGCGAAAAGUGCCGCAAGUGGAUCCCCUCUGCCCAGCUUCACGGAGAGCAGCCCAGCUACCUGAAAGGAGACAACUUCUUUAAGUUCAUCUGCUCCGACUGUUCCGACGACGGCAAGGAGAGCUUCGAAAGGAUGCGCCUCACGUGGCAGCAGGUGGUGAUGCUCGCCAUGUAUAACCUGUCUUUGGAGGGUACGGGCCGGCAAGGCUACUUCCGCUGGAAAGAGGACAUCUGCGCUUUCAUCAGCCGACACUGGACAUUUCUACUAGGCAGCAGGAAGAAGACGUCAACAUGGUGGAGCACAGUGGCGGGUUGUUUGUCUGUAGGAAGCCCGACAUUCUUCCGUUCGGGAGCGCAGGAGUUUGGCGAGCCUGGCUGGUGGAAGCUGGUCCAAAACCGACCUCCGACCCUCAGACCAGAGGGAGACAAGACCUCCGGUUCAUCCCUCAAGGCCAAAGCCGCAUCGAAGCCACCACCAGACCCCACCAUUACGGUGGAGGGGCUGCGAAAGCGCGGAGGGCGCAGCGCCGUGGAGAGCGCCAUGCGCCUGAAAGAGAAGCGCUCACGCACGCAGGAGGCCAAGGAGAUCCGGCGGGCUCAGAGAGAGGCUGCCUCGUCAGUGCCACUCAGACCGACCGGACGCUCCUUCACGCUGGAGAGGGGCGAGGUGGUGGACUUCGCCUCGCUGAGCUCGUCAGACCGAACGUCACCGUCACCAUCACCCUCGCCCGAUUUCUCCGCUCCCGGCACGCCCGCCUCGCACUCGGCCACGCCCAGCCUGCUCUCGGAGGCAGACCUCGUACCGGAUGCCAUGCCCCCUCAGGCGCUCUUUCACGACGACGAAGAGCUGGACGGCGACAGCGCAAUCGACCCGGGAAUCGAGUACGCACCCCCGCCCAGGGGCACCACAGCCACGGUUUUCGCACGCAAAAAGCAGGAGCUGAUUAAGCAGGAGCCGGAGAGCGAGGACGACGCAGAGGACGGCAGAGACGAAGGCAGGAAGGAGAAAGGCGAGCGCAGGAAGGACAAAGGCGAAGUAGGACCGGCGCCCGCGCCCCGCUACGCACCUCUCAGCCUAUACGAGGAGCGUAUGCUGCUGCGCAGGCUGGAAGCAUGUCCCCAAGCGCUGGCUGUCACGCCGCAGGCCAACCGGCUGCGCCGCAAACUCCUGGUGCGACAGGCUAAGCGUGAGCGAGGGCUCCCCCUGCUGGACGUCGACCAGGCUGUCAGCGCCGCCCUCAGCUUGGUCGGGGGGGUGUACGGAGCGCAGGUAUCCACAAUCAGCGAGACGGGCAAGUACAGGAUGAACAGCCAGGAUCUGCGCAUCCUCGACCGCUUCCAGGUCACGUCAUCCAGCAGGAAGGGUUUCUACCAGUCCAACGUCUCCUUCUGGCACAGACUCAUGGGCUCCGACGCCUGUAUGGACCAAGAAAUAAAGAGCCCUUACACGUCUAGAACUCUCAAACCUUAUAUAAGGAGAGACUACGAGACACGGCCGCUGAAGAUGAGCCUGCUGGCCGAGAUUCGCGCGUACCCGCACAGGAACGACCCGUCCUGGGUUCCAGAGCCUGAAUCACCCAUAGACUACUGCUACGUCCGACCAAACCACAUCCCCUCCGUCAACUCCAUGUGCCAUGAUAUGUUUUGGCCCGGCGUGGACCUGUCCGAGUGCCUUCAGUACCCAGAUUUCAGCGUUGUGGUGCUUUAUAAGAAAGUGGUGAUCGGAUUCGGCUUCAUGGUGCCUGAUGUCAAAUAUAACGAAGCCUACAUCUCCUUCCUGCUGGUGCAUCCUGAGUGGAGGAGAGCCGGGAUCGCCACCUUCAUGAUUUACCAUCUGAUUCAGACGUGCAUGGGGAAGGACGUCACCCUUCACGUUUCCGCCAGCAACCCAGCCAUGCUGCUGUACCAGAAGUUCGGCUUUAAGGCCGAGGAAUACAUCUUGGACUUCUACGAUAAAUAUUACCCGGUGGACAGUAAAGAGUGCCGUCACGCGUUCUUCCUGCGGCUGAGGCGCUGAACAGCGUUCGACUGGACCGGACUGUCGUUAUAUGGAGAAAAAAAAAAAAAGACAGGGUUCAGGGAAUUGUUCGGGAGCAGAAUGUAGACCUGUAUGUGAACGUGUGUGUUGUCUUUUAAGUGUACGUGUAUGUUAAAAUGUAUUCACAGCCUAAAAGUUUUCCACAGUUAUAUAUAUAUAUUUUUUUUGCAACAAAUAAAUACCUGCUGAUGAUGACAGGGAGAAACCAUCACAGACCA